AUGGAGAGCAAAGUCUACCCAAGCACAGCAUUGGUGCCUGCGAUCAUCGAGCUGUCGAUACCAGAUGUAUACUCGCCCAAGUCAUGGGUCUGCCAGACUCACUUCUGGCCUCUGCAUUCCGAGCUCACUCCCGAACGUGCCUUUGACGUGCUCCGGCAAGGACUCAGCCGGACUAUCUCAGAGAUACCUGCUCUAGCUGGCAUCGCUGUUCGUGGACCCAAGAAUGACCCACGUGACAUUGCCAUUGAGAUCAAGGAGGAUGGAUGUGUGGACUUUGCGUACGAAGACUUCUCUGCAAAGGAUGGCAUCCCGAGUUAUGCAGAACUCAAGCAGGCUGGAUUCCCCUUGACCAACUUGAUCGAAACAUUCUCGCAAUCCAUCACUUUGACGCCAAUAUCAGAGGGCGCUCCGAUGUUGCUGGUCAAGCUCAAUGUGCUUCAAGGCGGGCUAGCCAUGGCCUUCGGCUUCAACCAUCUUCUGACAGAUGCAACAGCCAUGGCAGAGGUCGAACGACUGUGGUCUUUGCACACAGCGGAUGUCAGCAGCGGUCGUCAGCAGACUUACAGAGCCAAGGAUGCAAACAAGAUGGACGUCGAGCUUCGCAAACGUUUCUCCGUUCCCACUUCUGAUGCUGCGGAGUUCGAGAAUCCUCAUUGGACCAUAUUCCCGACUGAACACUCUCAGCUCCACCUGGCACCAAGGCCCAUCUCAAAAAGCUUUUUCGAAAAGACGAAGUCUGAACGCCUGCCGCAGGUAGAUGGGUCAACAUCAGUAAAGGGAGAUCCUGAGACAGUCAAAUGGUGCCAUUGGUAUUUCAGUCCCGAGAGUCUUGUGGCUCUCAAAAAGGACGCUUCUGGUCCAGAUCCAGUCAAGUGGAUCUCGACCAUGAACGCAAUGGUUGGACUGUUCUGGUCUCGACUAUCUUCGAUUCGUCAGAAGAGUCGUGACGGUGUCUCAAGCUCUCUUUGCUUGUUCCCAAUGAACAUGAGAUCUCGUUUCGAUCCGCCAGUCGGCUCAGACUUCAUCGGCAAUCUUGUCGAUGUGGUAUUCACUGUGUCUCCACUACAGGAGCUCGAAGACGAUGCUUUGGGACUGCAAGUAGCUGCAUACUCUGCUCGCAGUGCUGUCAAAGGCUGGAGCAGCGAAGCAUGGAACUCAUGGCUCGCAAUGGCCGUCAACCUUCCCGCGGAGCAAGCGAUCUGUCCGAACCCUCUGCCGCUGUUACAGACCCACAACCUUGGCUUCAACGAUUACUCAAACUUGCAAUCCAACACACUGGACUGGGGGUCAGAUUUGGGACACAUCGAUGUGACGCGAUACAUGAAGCCAGCUGCAAGCCUAGCAAAGUGCGCAACUGCUGUCAUUGUUCAUCCGCGAUUGAGAGAUGGUGGUCUGGCUGUGGCAACGACUAAUACUGACAGCAUGUGCAAGGCUCUUGAGCAGGAUCAUGUCUUCUCGCGCUAUGGCAAGCUAGUGUGCUCUUAUGUCUGA